GCCAAAAUUGCUGAUUGAUUGAAGAUAGAUAAGGCUGAGUGCAGGACGGGAAUUCCGCCGGAAUUGAUUUUCUCUCCCUUUUUUUUUUGAUUUUUUAUUUGAAAGAAAGAAAAAAAACAAGGGUUUUGGUUUUGCAAAAUCCGGAAUUGGUAAAAGAAUAUAUGAUGCCAUUGAAGAAGAAUGAACAGAACUCAACGCCCAAUGAUUUACGGCCAUUGAACAUCGGCGGCAGGACGCUUCCAGAAGAUCCUCGCAUCUCUCCGGCCACGUCUUCCGGCAGGCCAAUCGACGGGUACUUCGCGUCUCACCACCCGCGGGAUGCCAAUCCCGGCGGCGGGACCAUACCCGUGGUGUAUUAUUCCGCGAGUGGGCCCAGUGAUGCCGGAUACGUGGGGCUAGGGUUUAGCAACGCCCCUCCUGCCGUGGCCAGGUGGGUCCAACAGGUCGUCCCCCCAACCCCCGUUGUGGCUGCCGCGACCCCUAGUCUUGGAUUCAGUCAGAACUCUCCCAAUAAUUUCAACGCACAGUGCUCCAGCUGUGCAUCCGAUCACGCCAGCGACGAAGGGGGCGGCGGCGAUGAAUCCACCCCCGGCAGGAAACUCAAGUUUUUGUGCAGUUUCGGAGGGAAAAUAUUGCCCAGACCGAGUGAUGGAGCUUUGAGGUAUGUGGGAGGCCAAACGAGGAUCGUCAGCCUCAGAAGAGACGUGAGCUUCCCUGAACUGGUGAAGAAGCUCACGGAUACAUGUGGGCAGGACGCGGUGAUAAAGUACCAAUUGCCGGACGAGGACCUCGACGCCCUCGUCUCCAUCUCAUGCCCAGAUGAUUUUGAGAACAUGAUGGAUGAGUAUCAAAAGCUGGUUGAGAGAUCAUCCGACGGAUCCGCUAAGCUCAGGGUGUUUCUGUUCCCACCCUGCGACGUUGAUUCCCCUGCUACCGCAACCAUUCACUUUGCCGCCGACAUGCAGGAUAGCCGGCAGCGGUACGUGGACGCCGUGAACGGAAUCGGUGAUGGCGGAAUUAGCGGCGGUAUAACGAGAUUGAACAGUGUUUCGACUCAGAACUCGGACGUUAGUAGCGUUGAGGUUGGUGAUUGCCAUGGUCAUCCAGACAUCAUCGCAAGGUCACCGUCUUCUGAUGCAAUUUCUGAGCAGGAUGGGGCUUCGAGAAUGGCGUGCAAUGAUACUAGUAGUAGUAGUAGCCCCGCGGUUUAUGUGAACACUACUUCUUCUUGUGGCAUUCCCAUGGUUAUGGCUGGUCCUUCCACUCCUUUUGCUGCUGCAUCUGAAAAUUUAUCGAAUAAGCCUUUGCCUUUUGCUGCUGCCUCACUGCAGCAACAAACAGCAGGCUAUGAUCUGAACCAACAGGCAGGUGUGAGUUUCCCAAUGCCAUCGCCACAUGUGCCACCUUAUGUGGAUCACCAGAUGGGCCUUCCAACGCAGCUCAUGGGCACGGUUGGGCCCGUGUACUCUCACCAUCCACAGUUUGUUCCUGCAGUUCACACCACAAUGAGUAGUAACAAAUUUGUGCCUAUGUUUCAACCCCAACAGACUACAGUGUUGGGUGGGCCACAUCAUGGCUUGCACCAUCAUCACCACCCUGUUCCUUAUUCUCCACCACUACAGGUGUCGGUCUCUGAUGCGCAGGUGGUGACUCUUGCUCAUCCGACGCCCCGGUACGAUGACUGUCACAUGUGCCAAAAAUCAUUGCCUCAUGCACAUUCAGAUACUGUUGCACAAGACAAGAGGGGUAGCCCGGUUAGCAGCAGCAUCAUAUCUGCUGAUCCCUUUAAGCUGCCCAGGGCUGCCACUUCUGGAGCCCUUUUGGAGUGCCCUCAAUCUAAUGUUUCGACGCAAUACCGUCCGGAGGCAGUGGCUAGUAAUGCAGUUCCGAGUGAUCUCCUUGUUGCUGGCAUGCGUCUGCCCACAACUACAGAAUACCUUACCCGCGAAUCACCUAAUAACUACACUGGUAAUUCCCUUCCUAAAGAAGGUAAGAAUGAUGAUUCUUCAAAUGCUUAUUAUGGACACCUGAAGCAUAUCGAGGAUAAGAUGGAAAACCUUCGGAUGCAACGGGAUGAUAUUCUAGUGAAUAGUGAGCAGAAUAUUAAUAAUAAGUUGUCGCCUACAGUUGAUAAUAUCAGAAACACUGAAUUUUUGGAGAGUAGAAGUAAAGUAAAGCCUUAUGAAGCCUCACCCACUUCCCCAAAUGAAGCAGUAUGCUUUCAGAACAUUUGGGCACAAGACCAACCUCUUUUGGGGAAGUCUAGUAAUGUGUUUGUGCAUUCAAAGCAGCCGGGAGUUAACUGUUUGGUCCCACCAAAUGAUAUAUCUCUUGGCAGUUGUGAACUUAUUCCACGUGGCACUGAUUUCAUGUCAACAGAUGGGAAUGGAUCAUCACUAUCUGCAUCGCGUGAAUUAGGAGGAGAUGCACAGGAAAGUGCAAAUUCACAGUUCAGCAACCAAGACCCAUGGAGGAUGCAGCAUCACGAUGCUCGUUUCUCUCUUCAACCCAACAAACUUCAAGUGAGAAAGGACCCAGUGGAUGACAAGGUCUUCCUUAAGGACAAUACUUGUAGCUAUUUGGACAUGGAUUUUGGUUUGGAACAUGUUUCAUCCAACAAAGGGGAGGAACUAAUGAUCAAGCAGGAUCUUCAGACUGUUGCUGAAGACGUAGCUGCUUCUGUUCUUCCUUCAUCUUCUACCCCGAAUUAUGGGAAGGGCUCCUCUCCAUCUACAAGUGAACGGAGUAGUGUAGUCCAGAUUGGUCAAGGAGAAAGGCAGUAUAGAGAUAAACUCGAGGAAGUGAAAACAAAACUUCCGGUGAAGGAAAGUUUUGGUUCUCCAGUUUCGGGUGACAUUGGGCGCUUACAGAGGGAUGACUUCUGGAAUGAGGCAAUCAAACUUGCAGACUUGCACCAUCCAAACGUUGUUGCUUUCUAUGGGGUUGUGCUUGACGGACCUGGAGGUUCUGUGGCAACUGUUACUGAGUACAUGGUCAAUGGCUCUUUGAGGACUGCUCUACAGAAGAGUGAGAGGAUUCUUGAUAAGAGGAAGCGUCUCUUGAUAGCAAUGGAUGUAGCUUUUGGAAUGGAGUACUUGCAUGGCAAAAACAUAGUGCACUUUGAUUUGAAAAGUGAUAAUUUAUUGGUUAACCUCCGUGAUCCACAGCGCCCAAUAUGCAAGGUUGGUGAUUUGGGGCUGUCCAAAGUGAAAUGCCAGACAUUAAUCUCAGGUGGGGUGAGAGGAACUCUCCCUUGGAUGGCACCUGAACUUCUCAAUGGCAGCAGCAGCCUUGUCUGCGAGAAGGUUGAUGUGUUUUCAUUUGGAAUUGUGAUGUGGGAACUUCUGACUGGGGAAGAGCCCUAUGUGGACUUGCACUAUGGCGCCAUAAUUGGUGGUAUAGUGAACAACACACUGCGGCCGCGUGUACCGGAAACUUGCGACGCAGAUUGGAAAGCACUGAUGGAGAGAUGCUGGUCUGCAGAACCAUCGGAAAGGCCAACAUUCACGGAGAUUGCCAACGAGUUGCGAGCUAUAGCAGCCAACAACUUCCCUGCAAAAGCCCCACCCCAACAACCUAGGACUUAAUCGUAGGCACUAACACCUUUUACUUAUAGCACCCUUCUUCACUUCUGUUUUCCAAUUGAUUUGAUCAGUGUGUCAAAACUUACAUAGCUGAUAGCUAGGAAAUUAAAAGCCAAACUGUCCUUAGGGCCAUUAGGUAAAAAAAAGAUCAAUUAGAAUUAUAUUGUUUUUCUCCCUCAAUCAAGUUUCAUGUGAAUA